CGCGUUCUGCAGCUUUUACAGUUGUGUCUGGCAGUUUGGCUGCCGAGGCGUGUCGCUGCAAACCUUCUUGGCCUUCGCGGUGAUUCGUACGGGACACGCACUUUCGCACACAUACAAAAUGCACUACCGUCCGACGACGAUUCCGUACUUUCUGCUGGUCGUCGUCGAUUUCGUGGCCGUUGUGCUCGCCAUCGCAUCUGCUGCUGCGCUCUUUAAAAGGGGAAAAACGUAUUCUUACCAUUUACAAUUCAAUGUUAGAUAGGGUACUUCUGUAAUUUUCAGUUGCAUCCUUGAUCUCAUCAUGCUGGGUAAUGACGAAUAUCAAGAUCAACGUGGGACUCAAAUGAAAUGCCAUCUUGUCCUUACGUCACCUUCACAGGACUGAUUUCAAGCAUGAUCGGCUGGGCGCGAUAUUGGUGGAACCGUUUGUGCCGAAGCGGUGGAAGCAGCACCGCUUUGUACAACAAGGAGGCUUCCUGGCUGUCUGCGUCGGUGUUUCUCUGGUUUGGAGUGUCAUGCGACUCUUGUUCUUCCGAUCCUCCGGCUUGGCUAUGUGGCCGCCAAACAACACCCCAACUCUCUACAUCCAGUUCAAAAUGCUUGUUCUCGCUAUCGGCCUCGGAACCAGUGAAUGCGUUAACGUACUUUGUUCAUUACCAAUCAAAAUAAUCGUUUUAUUUCGUGUCAAUUUACCUCUAGAACAUCAAAAUGAAGUAAUAGUAAUAUGACUACGUCAUAGAAGCAGGUGAAAAACAAUAGCGUCCUCCUCUUUUCAUGAUUCACAAACAAAACACCAGCUCCUGACGAUUUUGCCUCAAGUCUACAUCGUGCAGAAACGCAGAAAAGUGCCUGUUCUCCUCGGUGAUUUCGUAAUUCUUCAGGUACGCAGAGGAUUAAAGUUUUUGUAGCUUCUCGUUAAAUUAUUUUUAUGAUGCUGAUCAACGAAUGACGCUAUGCCAUUUAAUUUGGUUCUUGACUUCGAGUUUUUCUUCUAUAUCAUUUCUCUAUAAAAACCACUAAAUUUUCGAGGUUGCAGCACGAAUCUGCACGUUGACCUUCUGGAUUAUGUUUCCGCUCGUCAAGGGUUGGACACCGCGCAACUACAUCGUUUCCUUGGGCACUGAAUUCUUCAACCUGAUUCUGGUCGCUGAUUUCUGCUAUGUGUACCUCAAGGCGCGAGCUCAGCAGUACAGCGGGGACGAGACGUCGCCGCGUUCCCCUCGUACGCCGCUUGGCGUCUCGCCUGGCAGACGCGACAUCAUUUUGGUGAUGUCAGAAAGGGUCUAGAGAUAAAACGACAACUAAGGUUUUAGAAGUAAUUGUGUCAACAAGCUACGAGGGCUGUUGACACUAUUCCUACAGCUCUCACAACAACCCAAUGUUCGUGUUAAGUAAAGCUAAAUUGAGAUUAUUUUGGCCAUUUUAUCAUUGACUGGGAAGAAUUAUGAUAUGAGAAGUUAUUCGUUCUAUUGGAUCCUGAGCUGCUACGGCUGAUUUUAUUGAACAUGUAGAUACAGUUUUUGUCGGCGUCGGCUCUAUGUUUAAUCUUUGACCUCUGACUGGCAAAAACAUUGUUGUACUUACCGUCUUUGGGGGAUCAUGAUCUGUCGACGAGGUCGAAAAUAGAUCAAAUCAAUCGAAUUGAAGUACUUAUCUGAAUUCCUCAGUCUUGCACCAGUGAAAAGGACGCAAUGACCAUGUACCUUCACAAGAUAGAAUUGAAAAUAAGAUUAGAUCGAAGAUAAUCAACGUGCACAGAUGAAAGCAACAUAUGCAACACAUUGAAGAGACCCAUCUUGAGCUAGAGCUUUCCGCCCUAUUUCGCAUCUAAACAACAUAACUAACCUCACGGAGUAUACACGCAUAAUAAAGUCAUUCAUACGAGUCGUCCUCCGCUUCAAUCAAGAUCAUUUUCGUAGGUAGUAAAUGCAUCAUGUUUUGCAACUCUUGAAUAAUGCCAUAGUAUACCCUUACAAAGUAAAUUGUUCUAUCUCAAACGUCCAUGAUAUUCUUUCCUGAUUAAAAAAUUUAUCUAUUAAGUGAUACAUAUGCUAUCUAUUUGCCGCACUACUGUGAUCACUUGUCCUUACAUCUUACCAAACUUGUUCGUUCGACAUAAUCAAAUUCAAAAUAGAAGAUGAAACGUAGACCUACAAACAUAAUUGUUAUUAAAAGAAAAUUUCUUGCAUGAUAGCCAAAAUCGACUAAGCUUCACAUAUGUACAAACAAACGAGUCCAAUGAAUAGUAGCCACAGGAGUCCUAUUGGUAGACUCAUCUAAUAUAUUUGGCAACCAUAUCCCUUAAUGUACCAUCAGGAUUGUCAUACACCUUGUUGUUCCCAAAUAAAUCUCGAUUAUAUAAGUAGAAUUCCACAAUAGCGUUAGCGACGGCAGGCAUUAUAGGGGUGUGGGAACCAGCACCGCAAACAACAAAGCCCCUUUCUGUACAUCCCUACACCUUCAUUGGCACAGUGCCUAGUCAACAGCGAGCUAUGUAGUUAUGCAAGUAUGUCGGGUCUUGAGUAAGUAACUACAUCGUGGAAAAUCACAAGAAGCUAGAAAUUAAGAACUUGAGAGAUCGAAUCAGAAGUAAAAGAAGAUCGUGGUCUAAAUCCAAAUCCAACAUUAAUCGCUUAUUUUUCGUUUCUUUAUCCUGGUGAUUCCUUGCUUCUUAUCGAUGUCGUCCGAGUUUUGCUCAGGAGGCCUGUCCAAAACGAUUGAGCGAGGGCUGUCCGGACUUCAAUUUUCUCCGUUGUUCGCAUAAUCAUGCUCUGGCAUUGAUUAUGCGUCGGCACGCAUAGAGCUAGGCAUCGCUCAGGCGCAACCUCGAGGCUUACUCAGUAACACAUCGGAAGUAAUGUGUCUCAAAUAUAUUCCGGCCUGCACCCCUAAUGUACUUAUGCUAUUCUUACUUUGAGCAGUAAGUUAUGAGCCACAAAUGCAAAUCAGAGGGUUUAUCGAUUUGGAGAUGGAUUAUCGAUUUGGAUAUGAAGAAUAUCGUAGAUGUUGUAUUGCACAGUUAUCCUUGUCGGGCUCCAAGCCUGUGUAAGUCCAACUCAAAACGAGGUGCUUAAUAUCAUUGUUGUAAUCCCAAUUCUUUAUCUUCGCGUCUGUGAAAUGCUUGCUUUCUCUGCGCCUACCCACGUGGGUGCAUCGAACAAACCCGAAAAACUUGUAAUUUGUAAUGGAAUUCCUAUGUGAAAAUGAAAAAGUAGUGCUGGAU